UUCUUUUUGUUGACAUUUUCUUGCGUAUGUGGAACAACAAUCACAUCCGUAAAAUUUGCACAAUUUUUCAGUUUUUCUGUACUAUUUCAGCAUAUCUGUGAGUUUUUUGAAAGUUUUUCAUACGGAAUAUCUGUUUCCUAAACCGCCGCGAAAUGACUUCUGAUUGGGAUGAAAUCAAACGGCUCGCGGCCGAUUUCCAGAAUGCACAGCUUUCCACCGGUCUGCAAAGAUUAUCGGAACGGAAUUGCGUCGAGGUGGUUAGCCUGCUGAUCGAGAAGGGUUUGCUGGAGGUUAUCUUCACCACCGACGGGAAGGAAUACCUCACCCAGUCGCAUCUGGCACAGGAGGUGAAGGAUGAGCUGUUCGUUCAAGGUGGCCGGAUCAAUCUGGUUGAUUUGGCCAAAACGUUGAAUGUGGACUUUGAUCGGCUGCAGCGGGUGGCGGAACAGGUGGUGGCCGAUGAUUCGAGCGUGAAGUUCGUUUUGGGUCAGCUGCUGGAUGUGUCGUAUUUUGAGCGGGUUGCAAUGGAGAUCAACGAGAAGUUGGCUCAAGCUGGCGAGAUAAAUGUGGCCGAUCUGACUAUGCAGUACGACUUGCCAGCUGAUUUUAUUUUGGGCAAUAUUAUUCUCAAGUAUUUAAACAAAAUAAUUAUGGGAAAACAGGACGCAUCGAAUGCAAACAUUUUCUUCACCCAGUCGUACGUCACCAGAAGCAAGGCUAAAAUCCGCGGUGUGCUGGCCGCCGUUACGAAGCCAACUCCAGUGUCCGCCAUUCUUGCCCAGUGUGGAAUUCCGGAUAGGCUGUUCAAUAUGUUGGUUAACGAAGUGGCAACGCUUGGAAUUGUGACAUCUAGAUCACCAGGAGCACAGUACAUUCCACACAUUUAUAGAAAAACCCAGGUAGAUUGGGUACAGAAUUUUUACCGUCAAAAUGGCUAUUUGGAGCAUGAUUCCGUCGCUGGGUUGGGUGUAACUGAUGUAAAGAACUUUAUUACAAAUCAGCUACCCGAGGCGAAAAUCAUUCACCUUAAAAAGUGCAGUGUGGGAGAUAAACUAGUUGACCAGGUUGUUGCUUCGCUGGAAGAAUGUUUGUCAUCCAAUACCUACCUGGAUGUUUCAACAAUCUUGCCAACGAUCAUGACCGACGAAGACAUCGAUCAGCUGCUAUCCAUGGUUCUCACUCCGGCCAUGCAAAAGCAAACGCUCAUCUUUGGCAGCACAAUCCUUACGACCAAAUUCGUGGAUGACAUUAUCAAACCCUGUUACGGUAUUUCCGAGGAGCAUGCGAAAACAUCCGUUGACAGCGGCAGCUAUCAACAGUACAUGGCCGAGAAGCUCAUGAAACACCAGCAGGAUCCCACGGAAAAAGAAUCUUCGUUUGGCGGGGAAAGCAAAGCCGAUAAGCGCGAGGAACGUCGUAAGAAGGCAGCCGGCGGAAAGGGUGGCGGCGGUACCCAAGGACGGGAAACGAAAACCAAGUCCACCAAAAAGCACGCCCGCGGUCAGAAGGGAGGCAACGUUUCCGAUUCGGAUGAUGACGUUGGCUCCAGUGUGGGAGGAGCAGGCAAGAAAAGUGGAAAGGAGGCGUCCAUUGAGCUGAUUACGGCGAAAGAAAUUGCCAAGGUGCUGCAAGCUGGAUUGGAACCUGAAGGGCUGGAGGAUCUUUCUAAGCAGCUGGCGCAGCACUAUCUUCCGCAAUUCAGCAAGCUAGCAUUGGCUAAAGCUCAUCAACUGUACGAGAUAUCAUUGCACCAGAGCAACCAGAAUCGCCGCCAGACCCAUGCAAGUCUCCAGGACAAGCUAAACAAUCUGUACAACGACAUCCGGUUGUACGAAAAAGGAAUAAAACUAUUUCCGGCCGACGUACAACCUCAGCUAAUAAAAUACUUGCUCAAAUCUCUUGGCACCGACUUUUGCAACGAAAUAUGCUUCUACGUUGCGGCCGAGUGCAAUCUGAACAGCAAUGGCACCACUUUAACCGUGGAGCAGCGGAACAAAAUUGCCCAGGAAUGCAGCCAGGAGUACAAGGGGGCACUGCUCGCGCUGAACAAGGCAGUCUCCAGCAGCGCUUCCAUUGAUGAUUUCCUAGAUGUCGCCGAAAGCGCCCUUCAAGCGUGCAGUAUGAUUCUGAAGAAGAUCGACAAGAAGAAAGAUAGAAAUUUAAUUCUAUGCCACAAGCACGGCCUGCUCGAGCAAUUGGCAAACUGUUCGGAUCCGGCGUUGGUGCUGCACUUGGCGGUGCUAAUAAUUUUCACCAUUUGCACUCAAAAUAUGUUGCACGCUUCCGGUCGACAUGUUUCGUCCAUUUUGAGCUUUUUACAGCCACAGCUGAGUCCCGAACAAGCGCAAACUUUAACUUCCUAUCACGACUUGGUACUGAAACUUCUUAGUGCCGAAGGUGCAUCCUCCGAUGCCAAAUCCGACGUGGAAGGUAUUACCAAGCAAUUGGAAGAGUUAACUCCCACAGUUAAAAGCAUCGCAGCCAAUUUCAAGAAAGCAGGUGUAACCAGUGCCGAAUAAAGUUAAAAUCGCCCUUAAUCGUGGUAGCAUAAGGAACGAAAUUGUUACGGAUUGAAGCUUACGCUUUAGAUUUUUUUUCUAAUAAAAACUUGUUUUGUGCCUGA